CCAGCUUGGGCUCCAGUGGGUGGGAAGCGCCGCACUCCCGGCUGCCCGCCCGCCCGCAGCGCAGCCGGCUCCGCUGCAGGGGCUGGCGGAGGCGGUUCGUCCGCAGUAGGUGCUGCCAGCCGUCAGAGACAGAGCGCGGCGCGGCGGCAGCACUGAGGCUGGCCAUGGCGAGGAGCGCACGGCAGUCACCUGAGUGGCGCGGCAGCGUCAGGUUCUUAAUCAAGAACCAACUCUACGGAACCAGCACAGGUUUGUCCCACGACCUGCUCUGAACAGCGUGCUGUCUGAUAGAAGACUCCAGUGGCAAACCAUCUCUGUUGCCUUACAGAGCAAGCAAAGAAGAUGGAUCGACUGAAGAGCCAUCUGCCUGUGUGCUUUCUACCUUCUGUGCCCUGUUUAAUCCUGGUAUCCACUCUAGCGACUGCAAAGAGUGUGACUAACAGCACUUUAAAUGGCACUGACAUGGUCUGGGGCUUUAUGCCCGUAAUCAUUGCCAGAACUGACCAUAUCAUAGUCAAGGAAGGGAAUAGUGCCUUGAUUAAUUGUAGUGUUGAUGGCAUCCCUAAUCCACAGUUCAAGUGGUAUAAUUCCAUUGGCAAGCUGCUGAAAGAAGAAGAGGAUGAGAAGGAGAGAGGAGGAGGAAAAUGGCAGAUGCUCGAGAGUGGCCUCCUGAACAUCACCAAGGUGUCUUUUUCAGACCGAGGUAAAUACACAUGUGUUGCUUCUAAUGUCUAUGGCACUGUGAACAACACGGUGACCCUGCGCGUCAUCUUCACCUCUGGGGACAUGGGUGUCUACUACAUGGUUGUUUGCCUCGUGGCCUUCACCAUCGUCAUGGUCCUCAACAUCACCCGCCUGUGUAUGAUGAGCAGCCACCUGAAGAAGACUGAGAAAGCCAUCAACGAGUUCUUUAGGACAGAAGGCGCAGAGAAGCUGCAAAAGGCAUUUGAGAUUGCCAAGCGGAUCCCCAUCAUCACCUCAGCCAAAACUCUAGAGCUUGCCAAAGUCACCCAGUUCAAAACCAUGGAGUUUGCCCGCUACAUUGAAGAGCUUGCCAGGAGUGUGCCUCUGCCUCCUCUCAUCAUGAACUGCAGGACCAUCAUGGAGGAGAUCAUGGAAGUGGUCGGGCUGGAGGAGCAGGGGCAGAACUUCGUGCGGCACACCCCAGAAGGCCAGGAGGCCACAGACAGGGAUGAGGUGUACACGAUCCCGAACUCUCUGAAGCGAAGCGACUCCCCCACCGCCGACUCAGACGCCUCAUCGCUGCAUGAACAGCCACAGCAGAUUGCCAUCAAGGUGUCCGUUCAUCCACAGUCCAGAAAAGAUCACAUGGACGACCAAGAAGGGGUACAGUUUGAAGUCAAAGAUGAAGAGGAGACAGAACCAUCAGCUGAACAUUCCGCAGAAACUGCAGAGCCUUCCACAGAUGUAACAUCCACGGAGCUAACAUCUGAAGAGCCCACACCUGUGGAGGUAUCUAUAGAUAGAGUCUUGCCUCCAGCUCACCUGGAAACCACAGAGCCAGCAGUAGGAAACGACAUAAACACCUGCAUUAUUUAUGAAAGCCAUGUCUAAUAUCAACUCCGAAAAGCUAUGCAUAUCAAGAAAAUCAGGGGCUGCUCCUCGUAGUCCAGAUGUAGUACGCACUUGCCGCUAAGCCUUACCAGGAGACUCUCAUCCCUUAGGUAGGAGUGAUGCCAUUUUAAAAGGGGAAACACCUGUGUGCAGCUCAUGUGACUGGACCUUCCCCAGUAGAAAAGGAUGCGGGAAACAUCAGGGUGCAGAAUUGAUAAUUUUGGACAGGAGGAGUCUGUCCAAGUGAUACGAAUUUUAGAGACUAUUCUCUGCCAAGUACCUUAAUAGGUGAUGCCCUUUUGGCAAAGAGUACACUACUGUAAGAUAAAUUCUGAGUUCAAGAGCCCUGUCCGAUGCACACUGCAUUGCUUUUCUUUUAAAAAAAAUUAUAGGUCUGCUACAAUAGCAAAUGCACGUAUAUGGGUUUGUUGCACUUUCUUCUCAGUUUUUAUUACUUUCACUGUUCCUUUAUAAUGGAGUAAUUGUUGUUAUAUUAAUACUAAUUGCUCUUUCUGGUUUAGUCCUCUUUGUCCUUAUUUUCCCCUAGAACAUUUACCUCAGAGGCUUUGGUAUCAGUCACCCGUACCAGAUCUGAUAUCUCAUAAGUCACUUGUAAUGUUCGAAAGUAGUUAUGAGGCUCCUUAUUUUUGUUACUUGCCAGGCUUGUUUUCAUACCUUGAUUUUUAUUUGUUUCCAAUGAAGCUGCUGUUGUGAAACUGAGAAAAACCUUUGCCCAGGAAUAGCACUUUAAUAGCCAAAUAAAAUUGUGUUUACCUGUUCAAUCAGAGAGCAUUUUGGUGAGCUCAACUGAGGUAUGGGUGGGGGAGGUUAUAAACGGUCGAAUGUAUCCAUAAUACUCAUGGCAUUUGAUGAAUUCCUAUGUGCUGUAGAAUACUGGCUACCCAGAGAAGCUUGCAGGGAAGGAUAUAAAUAUUAUGACAACAGCAUAGGAAACUGCACCAUCAAAUUUAAUGCCAAAAUUAUUGAAUUAUUUAGUCUCACAAGAAAGCAGUUAUAUGCAAGGCAGAGUGAUGUUAUAGACAAAGACAAAACUAGUCAUUCAAAGGCCAACACCUUACCUGACUGUGCUAAUAACCAGCUGCCUGGCUUUGGGCAAGUCUGGCUUUCAGUUUUCCUAUGUCAGACGGGCCACUCUAGAUGAGCCCUGGGCACCAUUUAAAGGGUCCCACUCUCUCACAGAACCAAACCCAUGUUUUCAUCCUUGUGUUUUUUCACGGUCACUUUAAAGAUAGUUAUUUAUAUCUCUGGGUUUACCUAACCUUGUUUAUGCUGCAUUACUUACUCAAAUAAAUGCGAUGAUUUUAAAAAAUCAUAGCAUUUUAAGCAAGUUGUGGAUCUCUCUCCACCCCAAAUUAAUCAUUUAGACCACUUCUAUGGUUUAGGUUUAAUCAUGAUAAGAACGAGUGGUGUUAUUUCAUUUUCUCUUAGGAGCAUGGAGACACUGACCUUGAAGUCUUUAUAAGGGCCUUGGACACAUCAAGUGAUGGGGUCAUGACACUGGAGGGUACAUGGACCACACUGGUAGUGAAGAGAGCAGAUGCAGAUGUUUAGUCCUCGUUCUGUCACUGUCUGGAUAAGUUGGUCACCUUGGACAAUUCUUUUUCUUAUUCUGGGGUUUAAUCUUUUUCACCUGCAAAAUAUAGGGGUUAUAUUAUACCUCAUGGAUCACAAGAUCCUUUCUAGCUCAGAUAUUUAUAGUUUUAUGGAAAGUUUGUAAUGUCUUAUGUUGGCCCCCAUUGCAAGAUACAAGCAAUAUUAGGAGCAAAAAUGGGUACAUGAGGUUGGAUGCUUUUGCUGUCCAAACUUUGCAGCAAAUACAUCUAGCUCUAUACCUGAGGGCAGAGAGUUUGGCUUUAGAAAUGGCUUUGGCAGGCUUAUUUUUGUUCAUAGAUAACUGAUGUGGAAGUCGUUCUACAAGACAUGGAGUUUGAUUAGAAUGAACUGUUGGAAUCGUGGGUGGUCACAAAAAGAAAUUAGUAGUGAGCAAUUAAAAGAUACCGUGAUUCCUGAUUAGGCUCUCUUGACUAGGAUUUUAUGUAUCUGGGUUGCAGAAAAAUUUUAUCUCCAACUCUUAGAAUAUAAACAUUUCCACUUGUUAUGGAAGUAACAAAUUCUUACCAUGGAUCUGUAUACCCCAAACAACAGAGACUGAAGCUCAUUUUGUGGCAUUGUGUGAACUUCUCAAUGUAUUCAGUUUUCAUUCCACCCAAACCCAUGUGCACCUUUCCACGUGAAAAUUACAGGAGAUAUUUAAUUUAGACUUGAUUUGGAAUGAAAAGUCUAAAAUGGGCAAAUUUUUUAUGAAUUAGGAGCAGAAAUGUGUGACUAAAGAAUGUUUCCAUUUUGCUUUUAGCUUCUUUAGACUGGGAAGAUUAUACAGAUUUUCAAAACUUCCCCCUCUUUAAAGUAUGAAAAGGCUCUUGAUAUAAUAAUAGCCAACCUAAAGGAAGAUUGGCUUACAAUGGAGAUCUCUCCUUCCAGAAAUUCUGUACUCUUCCUAUCUGUCCUAUAGCUUCUGUACAAAAUAAGAAAGGUUCUCCUGCUAGAAUAUGAAAUGGAGGAGACCUUGUGGCUUUCAGCUGAUUUUUAAAGAUAUUACAGCUUCAUAGAAUUCAUAGACAUAGGGCUGUGUGUAUGCAGACUCAUUUGGGUGGUUUUAAAAGCUUAACACUAAAUCCCAAGCCGUGUUCUUUGGUCAUUGUCAAAAUCAAACAGUUUCUGGUUUCUGAGUCAUCUGGUUAUAUCUCUAGCAAUUUUUAUCUAGAAUCUGAAAAUGAUUCAGAUACAUGUGCAUAUUUAAUUCACUUAGAUGAUCUGCAAACUUGGAUGAUAUUUAUUCUAAGUGAAAAAAACAAUUUUAUACUAAGAAUCUAUGUAAUUUAUAGUGGUUUUGUUUAAUAUAUUAUAUUUUCAUAUUUUUAAGGCACAGCUACUUUUCUCAUCUUUUUUGUAUAUCACAUUUGGUAAAAAGAAAUACUAAUACUUGACUAAAAUCUCUAGGAACUAAAUGUGCUACCUAAUGUAUAGAUAUCACUCUAAAAAUACGUGAAUGUUCCCACCCAUUCCAAGCAUUAUUGUGUCCUGUCCUUACAUCAAGAAUGAUUUGCCUCAGAUGCUUAGGAGCAUUCCUUUUAUCAAAACUAAGGCUAAGAGGCCUGCCAUCCCACACAAUGGAUUCUGGAAUCUUUCCUUCUUCUUUUUUUAUUGUUUGCUUCAUUUUUAAUUGUCCGUGUUAUUUAAGCUUCCCUUUAAAGAGCAAGUGUUAGAUAGAAAACAACUUGGUGGAAAGACCGAACUAUAGCUCUGUCAAUUAUUUAAUGGACUGAGAACUGUUUUAAAUUCAGUGCUUGGAUUGUUAUUUAUUAGUGAUCUAAGAUCUGCUCACUUCUUCAGCACCUGAAGACAACGUGAGGCACAACGAAUAUUUGCAUGUUUUGUGCAGGCACACUCCCAAUGUGGUGCAGCCAACACAAGUCUCAUUAACUGCAGAAACACCAGCCUCAGCCACUGGAGGAAUGGCUUUACAGAGGCAAAUCAGACACCUUCCAUUCGCAGAUGGAAAUAGUGUCAUCUCAGUGCUGAACCUCUGAAAUGGCAGCCUCCACUGUUCUGUUAAUGGGGGACUUCCUCUGAGUAUUUCAUUUCAUUUGGUAAGAAAAUAGAAGGUUUAACUUAUCUUUCAGAUACUCUGUUUUAUACUCAGGACAGUUCAGCUACUAUCCUGUACCUAUCUUCACAAAGAUCCUUUUGGCAGGACAUUAAGACUAUUGGUCUAUUUCUAUUUUUACUUUUUACGCUAAUUUAUUGUAUUCUUUAAAUACCUACCAAAUCUCACUGUGUAUUCCCACACAUAUUUCAAGCACCUAAUAUCUUCAAGGUAUUAGUCAUGUUUACACUCAUCUAUUCUUUUAAAAAUCCUUCAGUAGAUAACAAAGUUCGUUUUCCUAAUGAUUUUCUUAGGGUUUGUACAGUAAUCAAUCAGGUUUGGAUUAAAUAAACCAGUUAUGGAGGAAAUAAAAUAAAACAGAAUUGUUUAUUAUGUUUUCCAGAGGACUGAGUGUUAUACAAGAAAAUAUCAUAUGAGGCUGGUAAUGAUCUUUGAGAUUCUAUAGAGAUAUCAUUUUAAGGAGGCUAAUAUUUAGAAUACCACAAUCAAAAUGAUAGCUUUUAGAGAAUAUAAAAAUAGAAAACAAAUAGUUUUAACAAUAUUUUGAACAUAAAUUAUUUUUAUUUAACCAGUAACCUAAGCCUUCAAGUGUAUCUCUCAGACUCCACAGAGCUGCCUACAGUGAUUUAGGGUCAAAGGAGAUGCUCGUAUUUAUGUUUGGUUUGCUGUAUAUCUAGUUCUGGAUAUCCUUUGUUACAAUGGGAAAACAAGAUAGAAAAAAAUUUACCUCAGAAUAAAUAUCAAACUGGUGAUUUUGUGAACUUUAAAUGUUCACUUUUUAAAAAUAAUUUAAAUAUGGAAACAGAUGACUACCGUUUAAGUCGAUGUGAUAGUAGAAAAACACGUGAUCCAUCCCGUGUUUUGAUUGCUGCAUUAAUAAAGGGUGUGCACAGGUGUGUGGAAUGUGUGCCACGUCCCACCCAGAGGGCAUGUCACUGUUGCCUGAUUUCCUCUUUCCAAUGAUACGAAAUCGGCAGCCAGUUCUUUUCCCUACCUGUUGCACCGGAAGCAUAUCUUGGGGAAAGAAGAAAAAAUAAAAUAAUUUUUAUGUAAAACUACAAGCUUUCUCCAAAUUCAGAAACCUAACUGUCUUGACAAACUUUAUAGCAAUUUUCUUUUAUCUAUAUAAAGAAAUAAUUUUUGACAUGUUACAGCAAACUUAAUGAUGAGAAUCCGAAAAUAUCAGGAGGCUCACAUACCCAGAACUUCCACGGGAGUAGGCAUGAGUAAUAGAUGUGCCACAAAACAACAAGACAAUACCAAAUCCAGGCCAAAUCUAAGAUCGAGCUAAGAACGUAAGUUUCUUUGACAAUCAGUAACCUUCGAAAGCUGAAUUCCUCUCAGGUAAAGGAGAUGUGGGGCGUGUAAGCAAAACAAGAAAGGAGACUACCAAAUGGGAAAAGUAAAGCACGUGAAAAGGGUAGAAAGUAUUUUACUGUAGAUUAAAGAGGCAAAACAACUUAUUGAGUGAGUUAUCCAAUAAACCAUGCAUAUAACUAACCAUUCAUAGGUUCUCUCAAAAGAAGGGUCUAAGAGAAUUAUGCUAGCAUUCAUGAAAAGUAUUAAUGAUUGUGUCCUCAUAAAAGAGAAAAUAGGAAAGUUUUGUCCUAACCAGGUAAUUUUGACUGGUGCAUAUUUUCAGACCUAGAAUAAACAGUUACUAAAUUAUUCUUGCAGGGUUUAGAAUGCCAUGUUCUUCAUGGGUCUUAAUCAAAGGAGCUAGGUAAGGCUUAAUGUUAAUCAGUGAUUUUUAAAGGACGGAGUCACAAAGUAGGAGGUUAUCAGGUUUACCUAUCUUUUCUACACUGUGCCUCACAGGUAGUGGUUCAAUUCUGCUUGAAAAUCUCUGAUAAAUAGGGACCUCACUACCUCAUGCAGCACCAUAUUCUGUUGAUGACAGAUUUUAAAUUCUGAGUCAAGAAAUCUCAAAAAUAGUUCCACACUGGUCCUUGAGCUAUCUGGAACUGAAAGCAUGAGUUAAAAUUGUCUUUCUACUGUCAGGACAAAACUAAAAUCAUAAAUGUAUUCAUAUAAAAAAGAAGAUUGCAAAAAUUGGGCAUGCUCCUAAUACUACAUUAAUUACAUGCCAUGUGAUGCUCACCCUUUUGCUUGAAUGGUUUCUGCCAACUGAUGUUAGAGGCAGAAGUCAGGUGCUUCCCCUCCCCCACUCGCAGCCCCUGAGAUGCCCCAAGGCUACAGCUCCUUAAAUGAAGGUUCCACAGGCCCGAACAAAAAGGAAAGAAACAGCAGAUUAGUUGCCUGAGUAGAUUAUGGUUUUGAAGAACCAUUACAAUUGAUCUACUGAAAGAAGUGUAUCUAUGUGUUAAGUAGAAUAUUGAGGUUUUGAAAAUAGCAGUUAAUGAAACCAGCACCAAUUGCAUUUGUGGAAAAUGAAGACUCCAAGAAUAAAAUAAGAAAUUUCCUAAGAUACUAAAUACCUAGUAAAUAUUAAGUAAGCUAAAUAUGAAUGAAGAUUAAUAGAGCAAUAUGAAUUUUCAAAAAAAAAUUCUCACUACCAAUGGAGUGGAUUUUCUUUUAAUUGACUCAUGCUUUAAAGUUCAUUGUAGAUUAGGAAUCCCAGUGAAUCAAAUGCACAGACGUCUAACAAUGUCAGAGGACUUUUUGUUGUUUAGUGUAAAUGCUGUACAGCAUCUAUUUCCUGAAAAUGUUCAUGAGUCAGUGAAGCUGAUGCACAUUCAAGACCCUUAAAGUGACCAGUGCCUCUGGUUUUAAUUGAUUAUCAUGUUUGCAGGUGCUGUACACUUCUUCCACUUAGGCAUUUGGGGGGUUAAGAAAAUUCCUAAUUCUAAACAUCAAGCUUUUUACAUGCAAUGGGGAGAAAAUGACAGGUUUGAAGAAAAAUAAAGCUCUGUACCAGCUGUGCAACUUGUCUUCAUUGUCAGUGAUGUUUCCUGUUCUCUUCCCUGCUGGCAUUCCCUCAACUGUCUGGCAAGUAGACCAAGUUAUCAUUCGUGAGCUAAAAUGCUUGAUUACAGAAUAGAUUCUAUGAGAAAACUGAGCUAGUAUGUAGUAGACACUUUAUCAGUUUAAUAUAAAAGAGGUAAAUUUCAGUGUUGGUGAUGGUUAAAAUUAUUUCAAACCUGAAACAUUAGACCCAGCUGGUGGAUUGAGUGCGGGCCUGCAAACCAAAAGGUCACUGGUUUGCUUCCUGGUCAGGGCACAUGCCUGAAUUGCAGGCCAGGCCCACAGUUGGGGGUGUGCUAGGGGCAACUUAACUAUGCUUCUCUCUGAUAUUGAUGUUGCUCACUCCCUCUCUUUCUCCCUCCCUCCCCCUCUCUCUAAUAAGUAAAACAAAACAGAACAAAAAAUGCUAAAUCAAUUACUAACUUAUUUUUAAAAACUGAAACAUUAUAAAAAUUAUGACCUGGCAUCAUAUUUGUAGAAAUGUCUUCAUCUAAAGAAGAAAUUUGAAAGUGUUAAGACCUCAGAAAUUGCAGAAAAUUUAAAUACAUUUUAUUUAUAAAGGAAAAAUGAUAGUGGAUAUGGGGAAUCUGCGAUCAUUACAUUUUUUUAAUAUGUAGACCAUAACUUUCCUAUUUUUUCUCAUUGCAGUAAUUAUUGAGAUACACUAAUAUUUUUUAAAACGCUGCUGGAUCCUGAAAAGUAACAAAUUUAGCCCCAAAUUUAAAUAAGUAUUCUUUAUCACAUCAUCUACUUUAUAUUAACUUCUCAUUCAUAAUGAUUGAGCUGAUUGAGUUAAAUUAUAUUUUACUUUCUGUGAAUCCUUUGAAAUUGGUAAUUGCUGCAUCAUUCAAGUUCACUAACUCUAUUAAUCAAACAGUUUACUCAUUUUGAAUCAAUGAGAGAUUUACAGUAUGAUUAUAAGCAGACUGUUGGAAGAUCUAUAAGUGUUUUUAUCUGUAGCUAAAAUAUGGAAGCCUUGUGCUCUAACACAAGGAUAAGUAAGACAUUGUUAUUAUACUGUACUAUGCUCACAAAUAGACUGAAUGUUUGUGUUCACCCAAAAUUUAUAUGUUGAAAUCCUAAUCCUUAACGUGAUUGUAUCGGGAGGUGGGGCCUUUGGUGGGUGAUUAGGUCAUGAAGGAGGAGCCCUUUUUAAAAAGACCCCUGGCCCCGUCUGCUGAAUGAGGACACAGCAAGAAGACAGCAUUCCAUGAACCAGGAAGCCAGCUCUCACCACACACCAAACCUUUCAACUUCUUGAUCUUGGACUUCCCAGCUUCCAGAACAUGAAGAAAUAAAUCCUUGUUGUUUAAGCCAA